UCAAAAGACUUCCUAACAUUUCCUUAUUCGUCAUAGAAAAAAAAUCUUACAACACUUAUGAUACUUGAACGUAGAUUGUUCAUUUUAUUUACGCUAGAUCUCUAGACUCUAAACCUAUAUUCUAGUUCAAUAUUUUGACUGUAGGCGUAUAUUAUUAACAAAAUGUCUUGGGGUGGACAACAACAAUAUAGUGGUUAUGGGCAAGGAGCUGGACAAGGAGGGGCACCUCCAGCGUAUGGUCAACCCCCAGCUGGACAAUUUGGCCAACCAGGAGGACAAGCACCACAGUUUGGAGCACCACACAUGGGUCAGGCCCCUCAGUACGGUGCUCCGCCAGGCCAAGCCCCUGGUUAUGGUGGGGCUGCUUUUGGUGCCUCUCAGCAAGGAGGAUAUGGAGCCCCACAGCAAGGAGGGUAUGGUGCUCAACAACAGGGAGGAUAUGGUGCUCAAGGGAACUUUGGUGCUGCCCCUGGUGGCUAUGGUGGAGGUGGGAUGCCUGCUGGUGUUAGUCCAGAGCUAUGGACUUGGUUCCAGUCAGUGGACACAGACCGUUCAGGGAAGAUCACAGCGACAGAGUUACAGCAAGCACUUAUGAAUGGGAACUGGUCUCCAUUUAAUCCUGAGACAUGUAGACUUAUGAUUGGCAUGUUUGAUAAAGACAGAAGUGGAACUAUUGACAUUCAUGAGUUUGCUGCUCUGUGGAAAUAUAUUCAAGAUUGGAAAGCUUGCUUUGAUAGAUUUGAUACUGAUCGAUCUGGAAACAUUGAUGCUAAUGAGCUUGGAACAGCUUUACAGACAUUUGGUUAUAGACUAUCCCCACAGUUCAGUCAAGUUGUUGUACGAGUGUUUGACCGCAACCGUGGUGGCUACUGUAUAAAUUUUGAUGAUUUCAUUCAAGCUUGCGUUAUGCUCAAGUCUUUAACAGACAAAUUUAGAGAAAAAGAUGUCAAUCAAACUGGCCAGAUAAACAUUGGCUAUGAAGAGUUCCUUGUGAUGGCACUGGAUACUACAUUAAACAAAUAAAUAGAAAAUUAACAGGGAAAAUAAGAGUGAGUGUUUGAAAUGGAAUUCAUGUCCAGGCACCCUAAAGAAUGUUUGAUCAUCCCCAAGUCUUGUUUCACUGGGCCAGCAGGUAAUAAAUGUGUCAGUUACUUUUGACAGAUUUAUUUAUACAUAAAUAUAUUUGAUAAUUAUUGUUGAUGUGUGUAUGAUUUUUAUAAAUCAUGUUAUAAAAAUUGUGUAGGCUUUAUUUCUUAGUUGUUUCUAUUUAAAUUUUCUUUUAUUUGUAUCCACCACUAUUUAACUUCAACAUUUUUCUGUAACUACACAUACACAUUUAAAAAAAAAAUCCUGAUGUUACUUGUACUGCUGUAAUUUUAAAUCUUCAAAUUGCCUUGUAAUUGGAUGCAUUAAUUUUCCAAUAUCAGUAGAUAUAUACAUAAAACAAAAUGCAUUAAAACUAGGGUUCAAAGUAGUUCAUUAAUUACUUUAAAUUUUCUUGUAAAUGCUUUUCCUUUCCUUUCUCUUGUUGAACUUUUGAUUUUGGUUCUACCACAUCUUUAGUAUCUUUUAUGCUCGUUGAGUCACCCCUGUAGCCCUACACAUGAAU